UAGGGCAAUGGCAUCUGGAGAGUGCCUGCUGCUGGACCUGGAAACUGAUAACUUCAUCCUCUACAACAUCUCUGCCAACCAGAGCGCAAACCUCUCCGUCCUCAGCGACGAGUGGUUCUACCCAGCCUUCCUCUACGCCAUCCCCACCAUUUACGGGAUCAUCAUUUUGAUAGGCCUUAUCGGUAACAUCACUUUGAUUAAGAUCUUCUGUACUGUGAAAUCCAUGAGAAACGUCCCCAAUUUGUUCAUCUCUAGCCUGGCUCUGGGAGAUCUGUUGCUGUUAGUGACCUGUGUGCCUGUGGAUGCCAGCAGGUACCUUGCUGAUGAGUGGCUGUUUGGCAGGAUCGGAUGUAAGCUCAUUCCCUUCAUACAACUCACUUCUGUAGGGGUGUCAGUCUUCACUCUCACUGCUCUCUCAGCUGACAGGUAUAAAGCUAUAGUAAGACCAAUGGAGAUACAAGCAUCCCAUGCACUGAUGAAAAUUUGUGUGAGAGCUGCUGUAAUCUGGAUUGCAUCCAUGCUGCUUGCCAUUCCUGAAGCAGUAUUUUCAGAUUUACAUCCUUUCCAUGACAAAGGGACUAAUAAAACUUUCAUCAGCUGUGCUCCUUACCCACAUUCUGAUGGGCUGCAUCCCAAAAUCCACUCAAUGGCAUCAUUUCUGAUCUUUUACAUCAUUCCUCUGUCCGUCAUUUCAGUAUAUUAUUAUUUCAUUGCUAAGAACUUGAUCCGGAGUGCUUACAACAUCCCUGUGGAAGGAAAUGUGCACGUAAGGAAACAGAUUGAAUCUCGUAAACGACUGGCCAGGACAGUGCUGGUCUUUGUGUGCCUCUUUGCCUUCUGCUGGCUUCCCACUCAUAUCAUCUAUUUAUACCGGUCCUAUCACUACUCAGAGGUGGACACCUCAGUGCUGCAUUUUGUUGCCAGCAUCUGUGCUCGGAUCCUGGCAUUCACUAACUCUUGUGUCAACCCAUUUGCACUCUACUUACUCAGCAAAAGCUUUCGGAAGCAGUUCAACAACCAGCUAUUCUGCUGCAGAGCUCGCCUCCUCAUCCGCUCCCAGAGCAUGGCCAGGAGCACCACACGAAUGACCUCCCUCAAGAGCACCAACCACUCUUUGGCCACCUUCAGCCUUAUCAAUGGCAACCACAUCUGCCAUGAAGGCUAUGUCUGAAACACACAGUCAGGGACAGCUGCAUGGCAUGCCUAGUGCAGCUGCUUAGUUCUGCUCUGUGGGGAUAAUGAGUAGUGCUGAUAUCCGUGUGUGCAUGCAUACGUGUGUACAAGGAAGUCUGAUGCACUCAAAGAACUCAGGGGAUCUGGAAGCAUCCCACAUCUCAUCCUGGGCUGCAGCAUGUCUGGAGCAGCGAGUCAUUAGCACCUGUCUGCAAGAGUUUUUUGGAUGGGCUGUGUGGCUUCAAGUCCUGAUGUUUUUAACAGGAGUGAAGUGAGGGUCUCAAGAUCAAAUCUAGUUUGCCUCUGAUGGUUCUUCAGCUCCUUCUGUUCAACACCGAACUCAGACAUAUUUACAGCAGUGACAAAGACCAUACCAGUCCACAAAAUUCAUCAGAAUAGUUGCAUCCAGCAAUUCUUGGCAGGACAUUUUUUGACACCAAAAUAAACCUUUUUAACUAAGGUAAACACUUUUACAAAGGAGUUCAUUGUAGGUCAUUUACAGACUUUUCAAGUAUUUAUUAAUGUUAAGAGUACAGUAUUAAUUAAUGGUGUGAAAGAUAUCAAGAGUUUACUGGGGUAUGUUGGUAUCCCCAUCUGAAAUGAGCAUUGUCUUGCACCACGUCAAUGUGAAAGCAGUAAUG